AUGCGUUUACGGAUAGAAAUUAACGAUAAAAAUAAUAAUCAUUUUAAUCAUUUUUACAUAUUUAUUUCCUAUUUCUCUCUCUUUCUCUUUCUUCUCUCUUCAUUUCAACUCUUUCUACGUUAUCUCCUUUUUACUCAUGCCCUUCAAUUCACGUUUUCUUUAUUAUCUUUCUCUCACCAGGUCUUUUACUUUUUACCUUUUAUCUUCAUUCUCCCUUCUUUUUCUUCAUUUCUUCCAAUAACAUUGUUUUCCUUUUCUGCUUUUUUUUUGUUUUCUCCCUUUUUUCCUUCACUUCUUUUCUCCUAUUUCAUUUCUCUCUUUAUACUUUAUAUCUUUUCAUGUUUUUUUUUCUUUCAUGCUUUUCUCCAUACCUUAAUCUUUUUCUGUUUUGUUCUCUUAUUCCUUUUGGAUUUUCUGUACUUUUCAUCUUUUCUAAAUUUGUUUUCUGUUCUCUCUGCUUUUCUCCUUUUUCAUUUCUGCUUUUCUGACUGCUUCCAUUUCUUUCUUUUCUACCUUUUUGGUAUUAUUUCUUUUCUUCUUCAUUUAUUUUAUGAUGUUUGGCCUUUUUCUUUUCACAUUUCUUUUUUUGUCGGCUUUCACCUUUUUAUUUUCUUGAAAGAGAAAUGUGACAUGGAUUUCCUUCUUCUUUUGCUUUCUCAUUUUUUCUUCACUAAUUUCCUUCUUUUUCUGCUUUUCUUUUCUGUUUUUUCUAUAUUUCUGCUUUUUUCAUUUCUGUUUUCAUUUGUUUCUGCUUUUGUGCUUUUUUCUUUGUGCUUUUUUUUCAUUUCUGCUUUUCAAUUUCUGCUAUAUUUCUUUCUUCUUUUCUCCUCAUUAUAUUUCGUCUUUAGACAUUUUUUUACUUUUCUGUUUUUUCUUUUCUUGGUUCUUUUCUUCUGCUUUUUCUUUUUUCUGUUUUUUGUUUUUCUCUUUUUAUUUUCUUUCUGCUUUCCUACUUUUUUCUUUUCCUCUUAUUUAUAUUUUCUGCUUUUUCUUUUAUACUAUUUCAUAUUUUUUCUGUUUUUUUGUUUGUUGCUAUUAUGCUUAUUUUUCUUUUUUUUGUCGUUUCUUUUCUGUUCUUUUUAUUUUUUGCAUUUAUUUUUUUUUUGUUCUCACAAUUUUCUUUCGUAUUGCUUUCUUUUUUUCUACUGCGAUUUUCUUCUUUUUCUGCUGCUUUACCUUCUAUUCAUUUCUGCUUUUUCAUUUUUUCUCGUUAUAUUUCCAAAUAUUUUUCUGAUUUUCUCCUUUUUAUUUUCAGAUGAUUUCUUUUUUCAUUAUUACUUUUCUGCUUUCUGCUAUCUUAUUUUCUGCUUUUCUGUUAUUUUUUGUUUUUACUUUUCUGUUUUUCUUUACUUUUCUGUUUUUCUUUACUUUUAUGCUUUUUCUAUUAUACGUUUUCUGCUUUUUCUUUUAUUCUUAUUUCUAUUUUUAUCAUUUUUCUGA